UUUUUGCCGAGUGUGCACAAUCGAAGUUGCGAAGUCGCUUCGUGUCGAAGAAACUUGCAUCAUAUCUCAGCGUAUUUUCAACGUUUGUUAUCUAAUCGAGUCCACUUGAUUACUGAAUCUGAUCGUUCGCAUUCAAUCAGUACAACUUUUACCCUGCACUCGUGUAGACCUCUGCUUCUGGUGAUUUAACCGACGAGAAUCAAAUUCUCGUGCUCGUUGUACUCAACAUGGAGGAACAAUUACCGAACCCGUUGGAAAAUGACAAUAUGAUACCGGAUGAUGUGCAAGAAAAAUUGGCAAAGGUGAUCGAACGAUAUCAACAGUUGAACGAUGAGGAAAAGGAGGAAUUCCAAAAGGGCGCCUUUGACGUGUUGACCAAGAAUCUUCACAAGUUACCGAGAAACACGAUUCUGCCCACGUGGCUGGCACCUUAUCAGUCGUACAUUCUAUUCUUUUUCGCGGUAUCAAUUGUGGCACUUCUGCUCGCUAUUUUUGCGCGCAGAUUGUAUCGACGCACGAAAGAACGAGAACAACAAAAAGAAGAGAAAAGAAAGCUCAGGCAACAAAAAGCAGAGAUGAAAAAGAAGAAAAGGAAGCAAAUGUAACAUGCGAUUAUUCGUAUUCAAUAAUAUUUUAACAUGGAAAGAAAACUCAUUGACCAGAGAACUGAUCUUUAUAAUAAAUUUGAAACAUAUGCUUCACAAUUUAUGAACUUUUUCUUUGACGGACUAAUUUUUAAUUCAGGAAAAAAAACAAGAAUAAGAAUUGCAAUCAAGAAAUAUUUAUUGAGCCAUUUCAUUGACUUAAACAUUUGUAUGAGACAUACAAUAAAAUUAAUAUAAACCGGCAUAUAUAUGUCGUUCUCAAAUAACAACAUAUUGUAUUUUCCAACUUAAAUUAUAACAGAAAAAAUAAACUGUAUUACCACAAAUAACAUA